CAGCCCCAUGAAAUAAUUUGUACUAAGAUGAACAAUUUUCGAAACACUUCACGUUUUCUACUCAGAUGAAAAUAACAUUUUCCAAUUGUCUGUAAUAAUAAGUGAUCUCAUCCCUCUGAUUCCUUGUCUACCAUCUGAUAUUGCUGAUCACACAGAAUCCUCAGAAACUCAGAACAAUAUCAUAACCAGAGUCAUUGGAAAAAUGUAUUCUAUUCCAAGUCUCUACGAACUGGGGAACUGUUCAGAUUUUCUUCAGACAGAAACGUCGAAUCUUGAAAAUCAGAACCUUAGUCCAAGAUCUAUGGCUGAAGCAAAAGCAGUUGCAGCAAACAAUAGCCACAAAGAAGCCGAAAGGAGAAGAAGGAAACGAAUCAAUGCCCAUAUUGCCACCCUCAAAACUAUUCUUCCCAACACGAUCAAAACGGACAAGGCUUCAUUAUUAGCAGAAGCAGUGAGACGUGUGAGGGAGUUAAAGAAGACAACUGCAGAAUUGGCGGCCAUUGAAGAAGAAGGAGAAAAAGACACAGAUCAUGACAUGAGCAACACAAAAUCGAAAUUCAUUUUCCCCAGUGAAACAGAUGAACUCAAAGUAACUUACUGCGAUGACAAUUCGGGCCUGAUAAAGGCGAAUAUAUGCUGCGAUGACAGGCCCGAAAUCAUACUGGAGCUAAUCCAGGCCCUCAAAUCAGUAAAAGGGAAGGUAAUGAAGGCUGAAAUGGCAACAGUUGGAGGGAGAAUAAAGAGCAUUUUGUGGGUACAAAUUUUAGGGAGUAUUGGCAAUGAAGAUAGUUUGGGGACACUGAGGAGAGCUCUGAAAGUGGUCAUGGACAAGUCCACUUUGUUGGCUGGUUCGGGCCACGCUUUGCCGGGGAACAAACGGCCCCGUUGCUAUCACUUCUGAUUUCUUUCUAAUAUAGUUUGGACUUUGGAUAUGGACAUUGAAAAGAUGAGUAUUAUAUGAUGUUAGUGGAACAUUAACAUCGGAUAGAGACAAAAGCAUGGAAAAUAUGUAUUUUCUCCACUGUCCUUGUCUAGGCUAAGAGAUCGAGUUUGUUACAUUGGUAAAUAUGGUGAACUUAAUAGCUAUCGUGUUUGUUUAUCUAUGGUUUCUUGUUUUUACAGUGAUUUCUAUGGUUAUUGUAGAUUAUUUUUAACGAAAUCAACAUCUAUCGGUAAUUCAAAUCGAACCACACGCACGAAUAUUGUCGAUGAUCACC